AUGCAGCAAGACAGACUGGCUGUCGCCUGCUCCCCAAGGUUGUCAUAUGAAGUGACAGGAAAAUUAUUUGUUACUGGUGGAUGUUUCGCAUUCAGCAAUAUUCUCUCAGAUCCUCAAUUUUUGGGCGCAUCUACAUGUCUGAAUAUCCCAGAUUCUUCCCGAUCGCUAGAUCUUCGAUUUUGUUUGAACGGCGCUUCUGCCUCCUAUUUUCACAACUCAUCAACAGAUCUAAUUGUUUCUGGAAGUCCAUACUACCGGUUUGCCAGAGGAAUUGGAUUGGUUAGAAAUAUUACUGAAUUCAGUAAAGUUAGGAAAACUGACUCUUCAAGUCUUGGAGACUAUAGUCUUCUCGGAUCCUCUUCCGUAAUUUCCGAUCGCGUUUACAGCUCAGCUUCGGAUACCAUUAAGCCCAUUGUCACUGUAUUUGGUGCCCCUGGAGUUCCUCAAACCAAAGAAAAAAAAGGUUCAGGCUAUGUUGUUCUUAAUGUGAUUGAAAAGAAAACCAACCAAAUUAUCAUCCCACACGCUCAAAUUCUUCAAGGCAGUCGUUUUGGUUCUCGAUUCGGUCACAGUGUUGCUCUUAUUGAUCUGAACGGUGACGGCUGGGAUGAUCUCUUGGUCGGAGCCCCAUUUGAGCAGCAAUUAGAUCCACUUGCCCUCCAAAAACUUGGUACUGAAGGUCGAAGUACUCACAGUGGUUCAGGGGCUUUUGGGAGCGUUUACAUUUUCUGGAAUCAGCAUCGUCGUCUGCCUUCAACGUCUGCUUUUUCCAAUUCCGAAAUCCAGAUUCUUAAACCCCCGCCCACCCUCUCCCUCAAAAGUGGUUUUGGAAGUGCAAUAACAGCACUGGGUGAUAUUGACCAUGAUGGAGUUGAUGAUUUCGCGAUUGGGGCACCUUACGAUGGGGGUGGAGGCUCGGUGAUUAUCUACCAUGGAUCCAAGGACAAGAAAAUCGGAUCUCCGACACAGGUUAUGUCAACCUGA